UUCUACCAAUUUUGCAUCACAGUUAUAGAUGUGGUAUGUAUGCAUGAUUUAAACGUUGAAGAAGAGGACGAAUCAGAAGGUCAUUUAUUCAGUCAGUUGAAUACUUUGCACAUUCAAGAAGGAUCAACUUGUCACACACACUGUGUAAAUGUAAAUUAUUUUAAUAUGCCUAUAAGAAGAAAAAGAUCCUCACCUACUUUUGAUGACCCCAGAUCAAAGAAAGCUAAAGUUUCAUCUUCUUGGAGCAGACGUGACCAAAGAGUCCAGGAUACAGAUAAUAUGUUCAGUACUAAAAGAUGUAUAGCAUGGUUCCAUGAAUAUACAAGUGAUGAUGAAGAUACCUUGGGUCCAGAAGGAAUGGAAAAGUUUUGUGAAGACAUUGGUGUAGAACCAGAAAAUAUUGUUAUGUUGGUUUUAGCAUGGAAAUUAGAAGCCAAAUCAAUGGGUUUCUUCACUAAGGCAGAAUGGUUAAAGGGAAUGACAGACUUACAGUGUGAUUCUGUGAGAAAACUACAGUUAAGAUUAGACUACCUCAGAACAUUAUUGGAUGAUCCAGCUACUUUUAAAAAUAUUUACAGAUUUGCAUUUGAUUUUGCAAGAGAUAAAGACCAACGAAGUAUGGAUAUAGAAACAGCCAAAGCUAUGUUAGCAUUAGUAUUAGGUAAACAUUGGCCGUUGUUUGGAUCGUUCCAUCAAUUUUUAGAGCAAUCGAAAUAUAAAGUAAUAAAUAAAGACCAAUGGUGCAAUAUACUAGAGUUCAGUCGACUUGUUAAUGUUGAUUUAUCGAAUUACGAUGAAGAUGGAGCAUGGCCAGUUUUAUUAGAUGAAUUUGUUGAAUGGAUGAAAGAACACAGAAUGGUUAGCUGAAACAGUGAACUGUAAAAUCCAGGAGCUUCCAUUAAUUGGUCACAUGGUAAUCACAUGAUCCCCAUGUGAUGGGCAGAAAAUUACAAUAACAUAUGGAAGAUUUGUGUCUUAAAACUUAGCCAUAUAGAAGGAGUAGAAAAAUAUAUUUAACAACAAAUAUUUAUUACAUUAUUAUUAUAUUAUCUUGAUCUUACCAACAUAUGCAAACUUUCUUACAAAUCAAAAAAAAAUCAGAUCCUCAAUUAUUUUACUGGUAUUUCAACAUUCUUUGUGUACAUACAUAAUGAUAGACGAAUUACUUUUAUCCAUUUAUAAGAAACAGAGGCUAUAUUGUGAUACUGUUAAUGAAUGAAAGAAUAAGGAAAGAUUAUAUCCUGAAAACAAUGACAAACUUAUGAAACAAUGUACGUUAAUGGUAUGUAGAUGUUUCCUGGUUUAUAAUAUGUGUUAUGUAAUAUACUCCCAAAAUUGUAAACUAAGUAUAUUUUAGUGAACGCUGACCUCUGAUGUUAAUUCUUGUUUCCAUCCAGUGUUUUUUAAUUACAAUUAUUUUAAGGCUGUUUUAAAGACAAAUGGGAAA